UGUCCUAUCUGUAAAUCAGAUAGAUAUCUUAAUCCUGAUCUACGUCUCUUGGUUUCGAAAUGUUAUCAUAAAAUGUGUGAAUCAUGUAUUGAUCGAAUUUUUUCAUUAGGACCAGAACCAUGUCCAACUUGUGGUUUGAUUUUAAGAAAAAGUAAUUUCUCACCUCAAACUUUUGAAAAUUUAAAAGUAGAAAAAGAAGUGAUUAUACGAAAACGAAUUCAUAAAUUGUUUAAUAAACGUCGAGAAGAUUUCGAAAGUUUAGAUCAUUAUAAUAAUUAUUUAGAAGAAGUUGAAGAUAUCACUUUUAAUUUGAUUAAUGGAGUAGAUGUAGCAGAAACAGAAGCUAAGAUUAAAAAAUAUCAAAUCGAAAAUGAAGAUCUGAUUGCUCAGAAUGCAGUACAUGAAGCAAGACAAGUCGAAUUAAACAAACGACAAGAAGAAGCUAUUAAAAGAGAACGCGAGGAAAGAAAAGCUGAGUUGAUUAGAUUAGAAGGAGAAGCUCAAAGAGAAGAA